AUGGCUGGCAGAUCUGGAGGUGUUGUUAGCAUGUGGGACCCUAGCAUUUUCAAGGUACACGAUUCUAUCAAGCAUCCUAAUUUCUUACUUACUUUGGGGACUCUAAAGGGGAGCAAUAAAGCGAUUAAUAUCAUUAACGUCUACGCUCCUCAAAAAGUCCCGAAAAGGGCUCUUUGGGAGGACAUUGGGGGGGGGUUGAUGGGAAGUUUUCCGGGGUGGUGGGUGAUUUUGGGGGAUUUCAAUGCGGUGCGUAGUAGGGAAGAAAGGAAAAUUUCUAAUUUCAAUAAAAAAUGUGCUUCGCUGUUUAAUAAUUUUAUUUUUGACAAUCGGUUAAGAGAAUAUGAGAUGAAAGGUAAAAAAUUCACCUAUCACAAGGAUAAUGAUAACAAACAUAGCAAGAUUGAUAGAGUCCUAGUCUGUAAUGAUUUCUUUUCAGAGUGGCUGGUGGCUUGUCUCAGGGCGAUUCCAAAAUUGCUUUCGGACCAUUGCCCUCUUGUUUUGACUUGUGCGGAUAAAAACUUUGGUCCAAAGCCGUUUAGAUUUUUCAACUCUUGGUUGGAGAGAAAGGACUUUGAUGAGAUGGUCAACAAGGCUGCCGUGAGGUUUUAUGGGGGUGGGGAGCCCGAUGUGGUGUUAAUGCAUAAAUUAAAGGGGACCAGGGAGGCUAUAAAAACAUAG